UUCCUCACGCGCAUUUUUCCUCUCCUUUUUUUUCUCUCUCUUUCCCCCCACACUCUCUUUCAUUUUUCCCGAGACCCGUCCUUAUUCGAACCCUAACCUCAAACUUUCUCGGAAAAUUUUUUAUUUUUCUCGGGAAAUCGCCGAGGAAAUGCAGCACCAGAGGCUGAAGCAACAGCAGCAACAGCAAGCUCUGAUGCAGCAAGCUCUUCUCCAGCAACAUUCUCUCUACCACCCUGGCCUCCUAGCUCCCCCUCAGAUUGAGCCAAUCCCAAGUGGAAAUCUGCCUCCUGGUUUUGAUCCCAGUACUUGCCGCAGUGUGUACGUGGGAAACAUUCAUACACAGGUCACUGAACUGCUUCUUCAAGAGGUUUUUGCGAGUACUGGUGCUGUCGAAGGCUGCAAACUUAUAAGAAAGGAAAAGUCAUCCUAUGGAUUUGUUCAUUAUUUUGAUCGUAGAUCAGCUGCGCUUGCCAUAUUGUCUCUGAAUGGAAGGCAUCUGUUUGGGCAGCCCAUCAAAGUAAACUGGGCAUAUGCAAGUGGUCAGAGGGAGGAUACAUCAGGUCAUUUCAACAUUUUUGUUGGUGAUCUCAGCCCUGAGGUUACUGAUGCUACAUUGUUUGCGUGCUUUUCUGUUUAUGGCAGUUGUUCAGAUGCAAGGGUUAUGUGGGAUCAGAAGACUGGACGAUCAAGAGGUUUUGGGUUUGUUUCAUUCCGAAACCAACAGGAUGCUCAAAGUGCAAUAAAUGACUUGACUGGUAAAUGGCUGGGCAGUAGACAGAUAAGGUGCAACUGGGCCACAAAAGGUGCCGGUACGAAUGAGGACAAGCAGAGCUCGGAUGCAAAAAGUGUUGUAGAACUAACAAAUGGUUCAGAAGAUGGUAAGGAGACAGCAAACAGUGAGGCUCCAGAAAACAAUCCUCAGUACACUACUGUGUAUGUCGGCAAUCUUGCUCCAGAGGUCACUCAGCUUGAUCUGCAUCGUCACUUUCAUAUGCUUGGAGCUGGGGUGAUCGAGGAGGUCCGAGUCCAGCGUGAUAAGGGUUUUGGUUUUGUGAGGUAUAGUACUCAUGCUGAGGCAGCUAUGGCUAUUCAGGUGGGAAAUAACCAGUCACUUCUAUGUGGACGACAGAUUAAGUGCUCCUGGGGAAGCAAGCCCACACCACCUGGGACAGCUUCAAACCCGCUCCCUCCUCCGGCUGCUGCUCCCAUACCCGGCAUCUCUGCCAACGACCUCUUAGCCUAUGAGCGGCAACUAGCAAUGAGCAAGAUGGGAGGGGUACAUGCCCUCAUGCAUCCACAGGGACAGCAUCAUCUUAAGCAGGCCACCAUGGGAAUGGGUGCUGCUGGAGCAAGUCAGGCUAUAUACGAUGGGGGAUUCCAGAAUGUUGCUGCCGCUCAGCAGCUCAUGUACUACCAGUGAUAAUACAUAAUUAUAAUGUUGUAUUUCUACUUGUAUUUCCUGUCUUGAUGCAGGUUUUCUCCCGAGUUCUAAACCUUUAGGAAACUUUUUUAUUUUUUAUUUUUACCUUUUUUUUCACAUGGGGAGUCGUUAGUUACGCCACCUUAUGUGAUUGCUAUUUUCUAUGGAUGUGUAUCAUGUAUGAUUUUGUGGUUCUUUGUUAUGAUGAGUGGUUAUGAUAAUCAGAGGGAGUUGGCUA